UGUUUGCUUCGAUUCCGAUGGGCAUGGAAAAAGAACAAAAUUCGCUUGUCUCAAUGACAGUGCUCUACUCACUGAUGCUUAUUCUUCUCGCUUUUCUUCUGUCCUUUUCACGCUUCCCUCCUCCUCUCAAUCACUUUCCCAAAACCCAUUUCCCUGAUCUUCCUCCUCUCGAUUCACUCAUAACCCAUCGUUGAAUCAUCUCCAUCAAUCUGCUUUUACUUCUUCAUCUGGAUAGCCUUCUUUCUCUCGCAAUUUCGACGUUCAUUGAGCUUUUUCAUGCCUAUUCCCAGCUCCCGUUAAAGACCCAGAUUUCCCCAUACGGGUUCUUCGAAUUAGGGUUUUUUUUAGUUCGUUUCCGUGUUGGGGAGACCUUGUAAGGGGAUUUGUUUUCCAAUUAGCCAAGAAAUAAUGCCUGUUGCAGGCACUGGAAUGGUUGCUGAAGAGGGAAGAGCACCCUACUCGUUUGCUUUAGAAUACGAAGGUCCCCCAAUAUCACACCAUGAUCUUCCGCGAGCUGUUCCAAUUGAUAUUCGUAAGAUUCCUGUGGCUGCGGUUGUUCACAAGUCACGCUUUCCUGAUAACACUGGUAAACACUCUAUGCCUAUUGUACAACCCAUUCUUGCAUCCGACAUCGCCACCAACUUCGCCAAAUUAGGUACUACCGAUACUAUUAUUUCUCCAACUUCUGUAAUUUCUUUUAGAAACGAAGAAAAUUGUAAUGGUAAUGAUUCCGUUUCCAAAGACCUAGGGUUGGGUACCGGUACUGAAACCGAAACCACUGUUUCUCCAGCUCAUGACGGUGGGUUUGAGGAAAGAAGUUCGAGUAAUCCCGACGCGUUCAUUAGUUCAGGUGAGUUUCUGGAUAUGAUUAACAGCUCGGCUGGACUUGGGUCGUCUUCUGUGAGCCAAGAUCACUCAUACGAGCUAUCCGGCAGGGGUGAGAGCUCAGGUACUUUAGGAUUCUCCGAUAGUUUUGAUAAGUCGAGAGAUUUUUCCGGAAAUUCACUAGCGUUUAGAGCUUCAAACGCUUGCAAGGAGAGUCUAGAUUUCAAUGAAUUGAAUCAAUCCGAUUGGGUGUCAAACGGGUCAAGGUUGAGCUUCGACUAUCCAUCUUCACGUGUCUCUUCUCUCAAAACUGGAGAUUGUAAUAAUGAAGAACCCGUUUGUGAUAAAAGAAGCAACCCACUUGUUACUUUUCGGGACAUUGAAUCUGAAGAUGAAGAUUUUCUUGAUGAGCUUAAUCAACCUCAACCUGAUAUUGUACGUUUAAAAAGAGAACCAGAAGUGAAAACAAGAAAAGGGGCUUGCUAUCGAUGUCUUAAAGGAACCAGAUUCACUGAAAAAGAAGUCUGCAUAGUUUGCAAUGCAAAAUAUUGUGUUAACUGUGUGCUUAGAGCAAUGGGGUCAAUGCCAGAAGGAAGAAAGUGCGUCACUUGCAUUGGAUAUUCCAUUGAUGAGACAAAGAGGGGCAAAUUAGGAAAAUGCUCUCGAAUGCUAAAACGCCUCCUUAAUAACCUUGAAGUUAGACAGAUAAUGAAAGCAGAGAAACUAUGUGCUAUCAAUCAAUUACCUUCAGAGUACGUUUGUGUAAAUGGGAAACCUCUUUCUCAUGAAGAGCUUUCAAUACUUCAAAGCUGCCCAAAUCCUCCUAAAAAACUUAAACCUGGAAAUUAUUGGUAUGAUAAAGUAUCUGGCCUUUGGGGAAAGGAGGGAGAAAAGCCUUUAAAGAUUAUUAGUCCACAUUUAAACGUUGGUGCCCCAAUUAUGCCUGAUGCUAGCAAUGGAAACACAGGUGUUUUUAUAAAUGGUCGUGAGAUUACUAAAGUUGAGCUAAGAAUGUUACAGCUAUCUGGAGUCCAAUGUGCUGGUAAUCCUCACUUUUGGGUUAAUGAUGAUGGAUCUUAUCAAGAAGAGGGACAGAAAAACACCAGAGGAUAUAUAUGGGGAAAGGCUGGAACAAAGCUGGUUUGUGCUGUUUUGUCACUACCAGUUCCAUCCAAGACAAUUUAUCCCACUGGAGAGCAAUUGAGCAACACACUUAGUCAAUCAAUCCCAGACUAUUUUGACCAAAAUGCCCCUCGGAAGCUUCUUUUAAUCGGAUGCUGUGGAUCUGGUACAAGUACAAUUUUCAAACAGGCUAGAAUUUUAUAUAAAGAGACCCCUUUUACUGAUGAAGAACGUGAAAGUAUCAAGUUUAUAAUUCAAAGCAAUGUCUAUGGCUACCUUGGAAUACUCCUUGAAGGGCGUGAACGUUUUGAAGAUGAAGCAUUGAAUGAUAUGAAGAAAAACGAUACUUCUGAAAAUGAGAAAACUUUGUAUUCAAUAUGCCCAAGGCUGAAAACGUUUUCUGAUUGGCUGCUUAAAACCAUGGUGGCUGGGAAUCUUGAAGACAUAUUCCCAGCUGCAACAAGGGAAUAUGCUCCUGUUGUUGAGGAACUCUGGAAUCAUCCAGCCAUGAAAGCCACUUACAAGAGGAGAAUGGAAUUGGAGAUGCUCCCCAGUGUUUCCAGUUAUUUCUUGGAGCAGGCUGUUGAUAUAUUAAGAGCAGACUAUAUACCUUCAGAUGUGGACAUAUUGUAUGCUGAACAUGUCACCUCUUCAAAUGGUCUUUCAAGCAUUGACUUUUCAUUCCCUCCAUUAUCGCCUGAUGAAACCAAUGACACAACUGAUCAACAUAAUUCUCUACUCAGGUUCCAACUCAUAAGAGUGCAAGCAAGAGGCUAUGGUGAAAACUGCAAAUGGCUAGAAAUGUUUGAAGAUGUUGGAGUAGUCAUAAUCUGUGUUUCCUUGAGUGAUUUUGACCAAUAUGCAACCGAUAUAGAUGGAAAUUUGAUGAACAAAAUGAUCCUAAACAAGAAGUUCUUCAAGAGCAUUGUGACACAUCCAACAUAUGAUCAAAUGGAGUUUCUUUUAGUGCUAAACAAAUUUGAUGUGUUUGAGGAAAAACUGGAACGGGUCCCACUAACUUGUUGUGAGUGGUUCAGUGAUUUUAAGCCGAUAGUGAGCCGAAACAGCCACAACAAGAACAUAAGUAGCAACAACAUUAACCAUAGUCCUUCAAUGGGACAAAUGGCUUCACAUUAUGUUGCUGUGAAGUUCAAGAAACUGUUUGCAUCAAUCACUGAUAGAAAGCUGUUUGUUUCAGUGGUGAAGGGGUUGGAGCCUAAUAGUGUGGAUCAAACAUUAAAGUAUGCAAGGGAGAUACUUAAAUGGGAUGAAGAGAAACCCAAUUUUAACUUUAAUGAAUACUCCAUGUAUAGCAGUGAAGCAAGCUUAGAUUCCCAAUGAUAAUGAUCCUACACCCUUUAAUGUACAUAAAAUGGUCAAGAACAAGGUAUUCCCAAUUUGAUUUGGUUUAGCUCUUUGGUUGGUUGAGUUGUAUUAUAAAUGAAUCGAAAUUUAGGUGAUGAUAUAAAAAUGUAUGUAUGUAUCUAUAUUUGUUUGUUUGACUAGCAAGUUAAUUAAAUCUUGUUUUCAUGGCUUA